CAUUUCAAUUUUAUAUCGAAUACCGAAAUCAUCAUAAGAAAAAAAAAUGGACAAACGGCUUCAUUGGUUAUUCUGUUUGAUUUAUAUUGUUAUUACAAUGAUAACAUGGUAUGCUGGUUAUCAUGCAUAUUGUAUACGUGGUAUAUAUCAAGGACCAAUACCGGAACAAGCAACCGAUGAAUUAAUUAGAUAUAUUUAUCAUCCAUUAAUGGGUUUAUUAAACAUGACAACAGUUUGGGCAUUAGUAGCCGGUGCAACAUUAUGCUGUUCAAUUGGUAUGAUGAAUUUUAUGCAACGAAAAGAAUUAAAAUAUAAUUUAAUGAUAAUGUCAAUCAUGUUUAAUGUAUUAUGGUGUAUAAUUCAUUUUCUUGAAUGGGCAAAUGUUAUUGGUUAAUUUCAAAAAAUAUAU